UGGAAAAAAAAGUUUUUGACCUAGAAAACUGGUUUUUCAAAAACCGGGUCUGCGGAGGCCUAGCAGCCCAAAUGCUUGUCAUAGUCGGAUUCAGCAUGUUUGAUUACCUAUUGUCCACUAGCUUAGAGCUCAAAAGCGAGUUAACAGUUGGGAAUCUUUCCUGGUUAGUACAAUGUCUCGUCUAUAAUUCUAACAGUCUUUUAGAUAAAGUCUAUAGCACCGUGAAUAUACGAACAUUCCUUGUCGAGGAUUCGAGUAUAUUUCUGAAUUCCGAUCGAUACUUUGUAUCAAAUAUCAAAGUCAUCCUGAACCUGUGACAAAAUCUGAUUUGAACUGAUAAUAGAUGAUAAACACUCUGACAUGUUUUGAUGAUGGUGAAAUAAGAAAUCAACGGACUGAAUUAAGUGUGAUUUUAGAAAAUAAAUACAACUUCGUCAUUUAUAUUUAACAAAUAAAUAUAAAUAAAUGAAUAAAACUCUAUUUUUAUAAAAUGAAGAUAAAUGGAUCAUUUACUUUUAGAAAAUCAAGGUAAGUGAGUCUUAUCAUUAUCUUUAAAAAAUAAAGGUAAAAUAAAGAAAUAAAGAUUUUAUUUUCUGCUGUUUUAAAAUAAAUCAUCCAUUUAUCUGUAUUUUAUAAAAAUAUAUUUUUUUAAAUUUAUUUAUCUUUAUUAUUUACAUAUAAAUGAUGAAUUUAUAUUUAGCCAUUAUUAUAAACGAACAAUAAAACUAAGCCAACAUCUCUAAUCAUAGAGGCGUAUAAAAGAGGAAAUCACCUGCUGGAGACACAAAAAUGUGUAUUAAGACACACAUAACCCGCUAAGGUACUAUUUUCUGUAAACAUAUAGGUAACAUAAAGAAAUAAAGAUUUUAUUUUAUCAUAUAUUAUGCAGUAGGUGCGGAAUGUUCUAAGACAACAGAAUUUCUUGUUAUUCAGACGAAGUACUUUAUUCAGAAGAUGUCUAAUUAUUGGCAUAAUUUCAAAAUAUAAAGAAAUAAAAAUGAAAUAAAUGAUUAUCGAUCAUGGCUUUUUUCUUCGGACUCUCUGCGCUUGUUCCAUUUAAUCUUCUCUUUUUGAGCUAAAUUAGUUUUAGUUGAUCUGGGUAAUUCAUCAUGACUCAAAACCACUCAUUCGAAUAAUUGAACAGGAAUAAUUAUCGACUCACGAUUUGAGGUGAGAAUGAGGGCAUCAACAAUGACAUACUAAGAUUUCUCUGCUUGUCUAUUCACUAUAAAACAGCAAAAAUAAAAUCUUUAUUUCUUUAUUUUACCUUUAUUUUUUAAAGAUCAUGAUAAGACUCAUUUACCUUGAUUUUCUAAAAGUAAAUGAUCCAUUUAUCUUUAUUUUAUAAAAACAGAGUUUUUUUCAUUUAUUUAUAUUUAUUUGUUAAAUAUAAAUGACGAAGUUAUAUUUAUUUUCUAAAAUCACACUUAAUUAAUACUCCUGGCUAUGGAGGUAUUAACGAAAGUCACUUAGUAAUAGUUAUAAGCUAUGAGAUAUAUUUAGCUGGCUAAACACAUAAAAUAUUUUUUAAUUAUUUGACAAUCUUACAUAGCUUUCGCUUUCUGAAUAAAUACAACAGAAAAAUCAGUCCGUUGAUUUCUUAUUUCACCAUCAUCAAAACAUGUCAGAGUGUUUAUCAUCUAUCAGCAGCGCAGCACUUUGGCUAAUUCUGCUAUUACUUAUAAUCAACUGCUUUACACCAAAUUUUACAACAAAGCAGAAAAAUAAAAAUUGCUUCGAUCAGGAUUUUGAACUUGAAGCUGAUGGCUCGUCAGAAGAUUGCAUUCAACCAUUAUCACGCGCUAACAACCCCAGUUUAGGAACAGUAGUUGUAAACACUCAGAUAUUGACAAUAUUUAAAUAUGAAGGAAAUCAAAUUUAUAUUUAUAGUGCAUUAUCAAAUGGAAAUGAAAAUAUGAAUUCACCACAAAAAUGGAUUUUCUAUUUUGUUCCGAUAAUGUUUCCAGAAAGUAAAGAUUGGGUGAAGGCAUACAAAAGUGAAGUUCGUGUGACAUUGAUAGUGGGAAAUGAAGAAGUAGAAGAAUUGGCUCGAAAAGCAAUUGUCGAAAAAUAUAAUCUGUCCAUUUCACAAUAUUCAAAGGUCUGGACGGUUGCCCCAUUAAUGAUCGAUUCUCUAGUGGCAUACAUUGUUAAAGGAAGUAAUUCACCGGUUGAAUGUAUCUAUCCUCAUGCAGACAAAAAUCCAAAUAAAUUAUCAAUCACAUUUCGAUUCAAAUGUUCAACAGAAGAAACAGCAAAGAAAAUUGUCAAAAAAAUUAUUGACAGUGAUUAUGAAAUUGAAAUUGCAUUCUACUUUGCCGGUUUCAAACGAGUUUCAACAAAUUUCGUUUCAACUACCAACGAUCAAUUAAAAAGUGUUGUGAGUAAAACGAUCGCUGAUGGUGGAAACAAAAAUGGUCAGUACGUUCAUCGAAAUCAGGGUUCGUCAUUUGUUAGCAAAUUUGCGACAAAUGUGAAGAAAAUGGUUUAUAUGGAAAAUUCCAAUACGAAUCCUUUGUCACUAACGGCUGGAUUAGAAGAUCAAUUUAUCUCUCUUUUGCAACAGGGUAAACAAAAUAAACGUUAA